GAGGCGGGGUGGUGGCUGUGCUGGUGGUGUCGGUGUGUGGAGGGGGCGGUGGAGGUCGGGCGUGCCGCACAGUCACCGCGCAGCCCCUCGGUGCUCGUGUCCCCGUCCCCUGUGAGGGUCGCCGGUGCCCCCCUGCCCGGCCCCGCGCUGCCGCCGCUCCCCCGCGGGAUGCGGGCUCGGCCCGCCCCGCUAGCCCUCAGCCCCGCGCCGGCCGCAGUAUGAGCGCGGCGAGCGACACGUAUUUCCUCAUAAAAGACAUAAAACCCGGACUGAAAAACUUAAAUGUCAUCUUUAUUGUGCUGGAGAUCGGGCGAGUCACCAAGACGAAGGACGGGCACGAGGUGAGGUCCUGCAAGGUGGCGGACAAGACGGGCAGCAUCACCAUCUGCGUGUGGGACGAGAUCGGCGGCCUCAUCCAGCCGGGGGACAUCCUCCGCCUGACCAAAGGGUACGCAUCUCUGUGGAAAGGAUGCCUGACACUUUAUACAGGACGAGGAGGGGAGCUGCAUAAAAUUGGGGAGUUUUGCAUGGUAUACUCAGAAGUGCCAAACUACAGCGAGCCCAACUCAGAACACGUCGGGCAGAACAAACUGGCACAAGGUGAACAGAAUAAUAUUUCUGCAUCAAGUGGUAUGGGUACUUGUACUUUUGGGCCACUAGGAAAUGGUUUACAAACUGGACCUGAAGCAAGUGGAUUUCCAUUCAUGUAUAAUCAUGGCCACAUUUAUGCAGGUAGUGGGAGAGGCAAUGGACGAGGACCUGUAAAUCCAGCACCAGCUAAUAGUGUUCAGCCUCUUCCUCCUGCUGUCAGUAAUGGGAGGGACCCACGCAGGGCCUUUAAAAGAUGACUAUGCCAAAUGUGGUUGUACAGCUUGCUUAAACUCUACACUCUACUUGAACACUUACUGCACUUUUAUUUAUAGUUAACUGUGAACCAGUU